UUAUUCUACAAAACACAGCUGUGGCGCCAACAAGAAAUGGCAACAAACCUUAGCCACUGCAGAAAUACGAAGCCAAAAGUAUGUUCAGACAAAAAACAUACAGUCCGUGACUAUAGCACGUGUAACACGUUAAUUAGCCAGUAAUGAUAAACGCGCUUAAAUUCAAACGUCAAUUACGCGUGAAAUUAUUAAACGUUUCUCCACUGUUUUCAGUGUCACAUUUCAGUCAAAGGAACCAUGACGAAUUGCAGAACCACCAAAAAAGGGACCAAUAGCCAUUUUGAACCCUGAGCCUUCCAAUUUAUCGCACAAAAAAUAGAUACUCUAACAACCAAGCGUUCAGCCAUUAUUAUUGACCCAAUUAUUCGAACUGUUGUGAAAUUUAAAUAAUGGUAACGGCCCCGGCGUGAGGAGAGGGAGGUUAUCAGGACAAAAAAAUUAUUAUAGAUAUCCAUGCCAAAAAUUUAUUGGCUAAUUGAAAAUCUGUCAUCGUACCAAUAUGUGAUCUUUUUCUCAUGAAAAAGCACAGCUUUGCUCUCUAAUAAUUUAUUUAUUUUAUGAUAUCAUGAUAUAUCCAUAUAUCACAUUAAAGUUUUUUAAAAUUUUAUUUGUAAUAAAUUUCAACGGGACGAGGUCUGAUUUUGGACUAUGAGAGACGUAACACUUAUUAAUUGAUGUUCUAUACCGGAGACAUAAAUUUAUGGGACCCUCGUUACCACCGUUUAGCAGUCCUGGGUGUCAUGCUACGAGAUCAUUAAAAGCUCUUUCUGAAAACGCACGUGCUUGCCAAGCUACGCCCACACUACCUUACGAUUGGCUCGUGCUGUCGUGACGUUAUAUCCACGUGGCUUUUUCGAACCGCCCCAAAUGCCAAAGAAUUUGAGUUCGCUGCCAAAAAAAAUGUUGGACACCGCUCUCUGACAGUGUCUACUCUAACUAAUCCCGUGAACAAGGGGUGCUAAUGGAUCAGUAUGGUUUCAGAGUCAAUCGCGGUUGACAGAAACUCAGUUCUAUGAGCUGCUGGAGGUGCAAAAUAGUCCAAACUUUAAUUAGAAAGUAUGAAACUUGAAAAGUUUGACUAGAAAGUUUUUUUAAAGAAAAAUAUCAAAAUUUCGUAGGACCAGUGAAAAACAAAAAAUUGAAAAUGAAAAUUCUUCAUCUCGAUCAUGAGAUUAUAAUCCGAGAGAUUAAAUGAUGUGGAUAAAUUUUUUUUCAAAAAAUUAAGAUAAUCCAAUUUCCGCGUGGUGAUUGUGAGGUGCGCUUAACAAUGACGGAAGAAAAGUCAAAGUCUUUGAUAGAGUCAUCGAAGGUAUCGGUGCAACCGGUAGAGAGUCCAAAGGUAUCGGCAUUCAGUAUAGAGAGACUUUUGGCACCAAAUAAAAAAUUCUUAAGGGAUGAAAAAUUGAUACCACAGCAAUGCGUCUGCCCGUCGCACAAGUCUUAUUCUUGUACAGAAACGUGCGAGGGUGAAACGAGACUGAUGGUUGUUCCCGACUCCUCAAUUUCCAUUAAUGAGGAAACAGAGCUGGAGGAAUCCGACAUUGUGUGUUCCACGUCACCAGAACCGGAAAUCAGUUACGAGGCCUGUACCAGCAGCAGUGGGACUAACUCGACAUUGGAAAUUGAUAACAAGGCUCAGGACACGCAGGGCCGUAGCGCGAGUGGGUCCAGCGACGACGAGAGAAAGAAAAGGCCGCGAACGGCCUUCACGGCUACGCAGAUAAAAUCCCUGGAAGCGGAAUUCGAGCGGAAUAAAUAUUUGAGCGUGGCGAAGAGGCUGCAGCUCAGUAAAACGUUGAAGCUUACGGAAACGCAGAUUAAAAUUUGGUUUCAAAACAGACGAACGAAAUGGAAAAGGAAAUAUACGAACGACGUGGAAUUACUUGCACAACAAUAUUAUUCAAGCUUAGGAAUUCCUGCACCCCGACCGAUCUUUGUUGGGGAUCGGUUAUGGUUUUUUAAUUAUCCAGGUCAAUCCCAACAGGGGUCAUCGUUAUUGCCUCCGCAUUUGGCACCCAUGCCUUUACCACCAGCAUUACCAAUAAUACAGCCGUUACCUAGCAAUAUUGCAAAUGUACCACAAACUUCCGUUUUUCAAAAUUUACCCACGAAUCAUACCACCCAUCACCUUACGCAAAGAUUGGACUUCAGGCAUCAGCAUAACCGUCAAGAUUCUUGAAGGAUAAUAAUAAUGAGGGAGAGACAUAGAAGAAAGUUGCCUUGCUGCAAAGCUAUAUUAAAUAACAAUGACGACUUCGUUUAAAAAAUAAUGUAAAAAUACAUAAUUGCAUUUAUGAAGAGGAUACGACGUAACGUGAAGAAUAAAUAAUGAUAAUAGUAACUAAGUGGAGGCACGAGCCUCAAUUUUUGAAUGAGUCAUAUUAACGCUACAAGUUGUCUAUACUGAAACUAAGUAUAGGAAAAUAUUUAUGUGACUUAAUAUUAUUUUUUACUGUAAUUAUUAACGAUAAUAAGAAGUAUAAUAACAAUGUGAUUUCUUAACGAAAUAUGAUAAUGUAUUUUAUACGAAAUUA